UUGAGAAGAAUUCAAAUAAUACAAAUUUAAAAGAUGGAGAAAAAGAUUUUCAUGGCCAGAGUUGCCGACCAAUCUGAGAGAUACGAGGACAUGGUUGACUUCUUGAAGGAUAUUGUUAAAGAGUCUGGAGAUGAAGACGUAUCCAAUGAUGUCAGAAACUUGCUCUCAGUUGGUUUCAAGAACCUCAUCAGCGCUCAGAGAUCUGCCUGGAAGACCGUUCAAGCCAUUGAGCAGAACAAGAAGUAUGCUGAGUACUCCUCAAACUGUGCUGAAUACAAGGAAAAGAUUAGCAAUGAGCUUGAGAAGAACUGCCAGAAGGUUAUCGACAUCGUCAAUGAGCACUGCAUCCCAAAGGCUAAGGAAGAUGAUGCUAAAGUUUUCUAUUUGAAGAUGAUCGGAGAUUACUACAGAUACACCGCCGAGACUGCCACUGGAAGCAAGCUCGAAGAAGUAACUGAGAAUGCUAGCAAGUACUACCAACAAGCCACUGAUGCUGCUAAGGAUUUGAAGCCUUACAACAGCAACAAGCUUGGAUUGGCUCUCAACUUCUCCGUCUUCUGGUAUGAGCUCAAGAAUGAUUCUAGCAAGGCUUGUGAGAUUGCUGAACAAGCUCUCAAUGGCGCUAGAGAGAACAUCGAUGAAAUGGAAAAUGAUGAGGCCAGAGAUGCCCUCUCCAUCAUCGAGCUCUUGAAGGAGAACCUUGACCUCUGGAAGGAAGAGGAAGGAGCAGCAGACGACCAAGUAGAAGACCUCUAAACUUCUAGUGUUUCAUGUAUUCCUAUAUU